CCAUCGGCCAGUCGCAGACGAACCUCAGCGAGAAGAGGAUCAUAUCCUUUCGGUUUAUCGGAUUUUUAGAAAGUAUCAUCUGCGGAAACAGAAAUGUCGAACAGCAGUAGGGCGAAAAGAAUACUGGAUCGCGAUAAGUUCAGCGAUCAGUUUGUCACUGCGAUUCGCGCCUUACGUUGCCUUAUGAUUUAUAUGGGAAUUUGGCCAGAAAAAAAAAAUGAGAAGCUGUAUACUUUAUUGUGGUACUUCCAUUCGACAAUUUUUUUAUUUCUACUUUCCGGUUUAGUGUGUGGCCUCGUCAUAAUUAGACACGACAUGAAUAAAGUUCUUUCCAAUUUGAGCGUUACAAGUGGGUUAAUAUAUUUCAUUGGAAAGUGGUUCACCUUUUCUUGGCACAAAGUACUAAUAAAGAAACUAACGUAUUCUAUGGAUGAAGAUUGGAUCAACUUGGCAAAUAAGACUUUGAUUCAGGCUAGCGUACCAGAUUCAGUACAAAUAAUGAUGAAACACUACGGAUCCUUAAAUAUUUACGUUUACAUCAUCUUGUUUGUGUUAUUUAUCGUCGAUACAAAUUUAAUCGUCGAUUAUCUUAGAGCUACAAAUCAUCACGACAAUCUUACAGAUCUGGAUAACAUGUUACCAUUGACUCACAGCUGGUAUCCUGGUAUCGAUUACGAUCGAGAUUACAUCAUUCGGUUUUUGGCCGCUGCUCAAAUACUGUGUACGACAUCAUCAUUUGUCGUAAGCACUGCAGUAGAUGGAUUCUUCGUUAUUACGGUUCUACACACUACCGGUCAACUCGAGAUUUUGGGACUUUUUAUUGAAAGAAUGAAAUAUGAUUCACCGGAUUCCGAAUGCCACAGAACGAAUGUCAAAGAGAUGGUGAAGCGUCACCAAAUGCUACUGAGCGUGGCAGACGACAUACAGGAAUGUUUCGGUGCGAUUACCUUUAUGCGUGUGUCUAUCUCUUUCGUAGGCAUCUGUUCCAGCGCGCACACAUUUCUUGGGGAAUUACAAAAAAGUGAACAAAGUCACGUGAUUGCGCUGAAGUACGGGUUCGUCUGUUUCACAGCGCUGGCGAAUGUGUUCGUCUACUGUUUGGUUAGCGAUACUUUGACGAGUCAAGGUCUUGCUAUCAGAUCGCACAUCUACAAUUCAGAAUGGUACAACGCUACGUCAUCUGUAAAUCUCUCGUUACCAAUAGUUACGAUAAAAUCAUCCCAACCGAUAAUAAUUAGUGCAGCCAAAAUCUUUCCUCUUACGUUGCAAAAUUUCACAGUGUUGAUAAAAUCGAUCGCAUCAUAUAUUUCUGCACUGCGAGCAAUGAGCGUGUCUCACAUCUAGAAAUAUUCGAGUAAACCGAUGGAUCCGUACCUACGUGACACAAAGUAAGCGAUGAGAACAUACAUUUAUCGGAUAAUCGAAAAUGUUUAGCGCAACCUCCGUCGUUGAUAGAAGAAAAUUGCACCACAGGCUGCAAAAUGCACGUCUACAAAAAUGUUUCAAACUGACUGACCAAGCAACGAAAAUACGUGUACACGACUUCGGCUAAUGAGUAUAAAUGUUCAUUUUUAGUAGUCAAAAAUAAAAAUUUUACGAUUUCACGCACAUAAAAUUUGCAAAUAUGCAUCUACGUGAGGAUUAAUAAAUGUUCAUUUGCAUCCAAGAAUACAA